ACUGGCGGCGGCGGCGGCUGGAGGAGGCGGGCGCGGACGAGCCAGCGGCCGCGGCAACACAGGCAGUCGCGGGAGUCCUCCCGUGAGGCCCCCCGGUCGGCCCCGCCGUCGGCCCCGCUCGGAGGGCGGCCAGCCCGCGAGCCGCUGAGGAGCCGCUCCCCCGGCGCCGCAGCCCUUCGGACUCUCGGUCCCAUUCUCUCGAUCCUGCUCCGGUUCCUCCAUCUUGGCCUAGGCAGUGGCGGCUGCCGGGAGGAUGUGCCGCCUUCUGGCAGGGGGAAGAAGGAGGAGAAGAUGAAGAAGUACCAGCGGGCCUUGGCCCUGGUCUCCUGCCUCUCUCUCUGCUCGCUGGUCUGGCUUCCCAGUUGGCAUGUAUGUUGUAAAGAGAGUUCUUCACCUUCAUCAUAUUACUCUCAAGAUGACAGCUGUACAUUAGAAAAUGAAGAUGUACAAUUCCAGGAAAAGGAUAAAAGAAAGGGACCUAUCAAUACCGAAUUAUCGGAAAAAGUGGGUUCAAACUUACCUAUUCCUCCACAAGAAAAUAAAUUAAAAGAUGACUACAUUGUGGAUGUACAAAAUACGGAGUCCAAAAAAUUAAGUUCAUCUGUGGUUAAGACACUCCCUGCAGUUGAUCUACAUGAAGAUUCAUCCACUGUAGUUGUGGGCAGUGAAAACAUUGAAAAUAUCUCCAGCUCAUCUACCUCAGAGAUCACUCCAAUUUCAAAGCUUGAUGAAAUAGAAGAACCUGGUACUGUUCCUAUAGCCAAGCCAAGUGAAAUUGAGCAGUCUGAAACUGAUUGUGAUGUUGGUGAGGCCCUUGAUGGAAAUGCUCCAGUUGACCAGCCUGCCUUUGUCAGUUCACCUGAAAGUCUUGUUGGCCAGCAUAUAGAAAAUGUGUCAUCUUCACAUGGCAAAGGAAAGAUAACAAAAUCAGAAUUUGAAUCAGAAGUUUCAACAAGUGAGCAGCGUGAUGGUGAUCCAAAAUCUGCAUUGAAUGCUUCAGAUAAUUUAAAAAAUGAAAUUCUUCAGAGUUCUGACUAUACAAAGCCAGGAGAAAUUGACCCUACUUCUGUAGCAAGUCCCAAAGACCCAGAAGAUAUACCAACAUUUGAUGAAUGGAAAAAGAAAGUUAUGGAAGUAGAAAAAGAAAAAAGUCAGUCAAUGCAUCCAUCUUCUAAUGGAGGUCUACAUGCUACAAAAAAGGUCCAGAAAAAUCGGAACAAUUAUGCCUCAGUAGAAUGUGGUGCCAAAAUUUUGGCAGCUAAUCCAGAAGCCAAGAGCACAUCUGCUAUACUUAUAGAAAAUAUGGAUCUUUAUAUGUUGAAUCCGUGCAGCACUAAAAUUUGGUUUGUUAUUGAACUCUGUGAACCAAUUCAAGUAAAACAGCUUGAUAUUGCAAAUUAUGAAUUAUUUUCUUCUACUCCUAAAGACUUUCUGGUUUCCAUCAGUGACAGAUAUCCCACAAAUAAAUGGAUUAAGCUGGGUACUUUCCAUGGUAGAGAUGAGCGGAAUGUCCAGAGUUUCCCUUUAGAUGAACAAAUGUAUGCAAAAUAUGUGAAGAUGUUCAUCAAGUACAUAAAGGUGGAGUUGAUAUCACAUUUUGGAUCAGAGCACUUUUGUCCAUUAAGCCUCAUAAGGGUAUUUGGCACUAGCAUGGUAGAAGAAUAUGAAGAGAUUGCUGAUUCCCAGUAUCAGUCAGAACGUCAAGAACUGUUUGAUGAGGACUAUGACUAUCCACUGGACUAUAAUACUGGGGAGGAUAAAUCCUCAAAAAACCUCCUUGGAUCUGCUACAAAUGCCAUUCUAAAUAUGGUGAAUAUUGCCGCUAAUAUUCUGGGAGCAAAAACUGAAGACCUAACAGAAGGAAAUAGAAGUAUAUCUGAGAAUACCACUGCCACAACUACACCUAAAAUGCCUGAGUCAGUUCCUGUUUCAAGUCUUGUUACAGCACCUGAGUUUGUAACCACUGAAGAACACAGAGAAGACAUAGAGGUGUCAUCACCAGAUAUUCCGAAAGAGAGUCCCAUUGUACAACUAGUUCAAGAGGAAGAGGAGGAUGCAAGUCCAUCCACAGUGACACUUCUGGGUAGCGGUGAACAAGAGGAUGAGUCAUCACCCUGGUUCGAGUUAGAGACACAAAUAUUUUGCAGUGAACUCGCUACAAUUUGUUGUAUUUCUACUUUUUCGGAAUACAUAUAUGAAUGGUGUUCAGUUAGUGUUGCUUUUUAUCGGCAACGCAGCAGAACUGCUGUGAAUAAAGAAAGAAAUGAUCUUGUGUCAUUUCAACCACCAUUACUACUUCCUGCAGGGUCAGUAGAUGUUUCAGUAUUGCAACCUCAAAGUGAAGAAUUGAAUAGUAAGAGUAAGGAAAAUGAAGCUGAAACUAUUGUUGGAGGUGACUUAAGUAGUAUGGGCCAAGGUGAUUUGACUAAUCACACUAUAGAUGCAAUUGAACUUGAACCAAGCCAUCCUCAAACUCUUUCUCAGUCUCUUCAUUUAGAUGUUACUCCAGAAAUCAAUUCAUUAUCUAAAAUAGAAGUAUCUGAGUCUAUUAAAUAUGAGACAGAUCCUAUACCAUCACAGGUGGUUCCCCAAGAGGGUUUUGUUGAGGUUGAUAAUGAAACAGAAAAGAAGUCUGUGAGUUUUAGUUCUAUAGAAAAACCAGCUGUGAUCUAUGAAACAAGUAAAGUUAAUGAAGUAAUGGAUACUAUUGUAAAAGAAGACGUAAACUCCAUGCAAAUUAUCACAAAGCUAUCUGAAACAAUAGUGCCACCUGUAAACACACCUACUGUACCAGAAAGUGAAGAUGGUGAAGCCAAAAUAAACAUAGCUGAUACACCAAAGCAAAUUUUGACUCCUGUUGUGGAUUCUUCUACAUUACCUGAAGUAAAAGAGGAGGAACAAUCUCCAGAAGAUGCCCUUUUGAGAGGGUUACAGAGGACAGCUACAGAUUUUUAUGCUGAACUGCAGAAUUCUACAGAUCUGGGAUAUGCUAAUGGGAAUCUUGUACAUGGAUCAAACCAAAAGGAGUCAGUAUUUAUGAGACUUAAUAAUCGUAUUAAAGCCUUAGAAGUUAACAUGUCUCUUAGUGGUCGCUAUCUGGAGGAGCUAAGCCAAAGGUACCGAAAACAAAUGGAAGAAAUGCAGAAGGCUUUUAAUAAAACAAUAGUAAAACUUCAGAAUACUUCAAGAAUAGCAGAGGAGCAGGAUCAACGUCAAACUGAAGCCAUCCAGUUACUUCAGGCACAACUGACCAACAUGACACAACUUGUUUCAAACUUAUCAACAACAGUAGCAGAAUUAAAACGUGAGGUCUCAGAUCGACAAAGCUACCUUGUCAUAUGUUUGGUUCUCUGUGUUGUCUUGGGACUGAUGCUUUGUAUGCAGCGUUGUCGAAAUACCCCUCAAUUUGAUGGAGAUUUUAUUUCACAACUUCCUAAAAGUAGUCAGUAUCCAAGCCCUAAAAGGUGUUUCUCUUCCUAUGAUGAUAUGAAUUUGAAAAGGAGAACUUCAUUCCCACUCAUCAGAUCAAAGUCUCUACAGUUAACUGGCAAAGAAGUAGACCCAAAUGAUUUAUACAUCGUAGAACCUCUCAAGUUUUCUCCAGAAAAAAAGAAGAAACGCUGCAAGUAUAAAACCGAAAAAAUUGAGACCAUAAAGCCAGCAGAUCCAUUGCACCCAAUAGCCAAUGGAGACAUAAAAGGAAGGAAGCCCUUUACAAAUCAGAGAGAUUUUUCUAAUAUGGGAGAAGUUUAUCACUCUUCUUAUAAAGGUCCUCCAUCUGAAGGAAGCUCAGAAACUUCAUCACAGUCAGAAGAGUCUUAUUUUUGUGGCAUUUCCGCCUGCACAAGUCUGUGCAAUGGACAGACCCAAAAGACAAAAACUGAGAAGAGGGCUUUAAAACGAAGGCGAUCUAAAGUCCAAGACCAAGGGAAAUUGCUAAAAACUCUAAUACAGACUAAGUCGGGAUCGUUGCCGAGCCUGCAUGACAUAAUCAAAGGAAACAAAGAGCUCACCGUGGGGACAUUUGGGGUUACAGCGGUCUCGGGACAUAUCUAAAAUUAGUCACAUGUUUCAUACUGGAGACUUUUUUUGUUCUUUAAAGAACAAUCUGUGGUAUUUGAAGGAUUUGGGGGAGGGAGAAAAUAUUAAUGGGAGAAGUAUUCAGAAAUUAUGGUUUCUGCCAUUUUAAAAAGUAGGUGGGAUUGUGUCAAUCUUGGUUAAUGAUCCGCAAUUUUAUAAGACUGAUCACUUCCUACAAGGACAAUGGUAGACAUUUUGUAAAGAAGUUUUUUUCACAGAUUAAUUACUGGGACAGAAGUAAUUUGGAAGCCCAGUUCCUUGGGUGGGAUAGGAAUGAAAGCCUAAACCUCUUCCUUUAGCUUUGUUCCUAUUUCUUGCACCUUCCCAUAUUUAUGUGCCUUUUGUCUAUUUAUAAUGCCACUGGAAGAGGAGGAAGAUGUUUUUUGUCAUUUGAUUUCUUUUAUAACUUUAUUAGUUUUUUGAAGCUGCAAACACUACAAGGCUUUAAGGUGCUCUGCGCCUGAAGUUCAGUAAUGUGGGUCGAACAGUGAAAAGAUCCUAAAGACUUGUCCAACUAGUCUAUUUAGCAAACUCACUUGAAACAAACUUGCUGGAAUUUUUAAUCUAUUCUUAUAGGUACAUGAUGAUAUGUUAAUGUUAUUUUCAUUUGACUUUAGUCACACUAAGUUUUCUUUAGUCACUGACUUGGGGACGGGGCAAACUAUUUUCUUACAAAAGAUUGGUAUUUGCAAAUAAAUUUCUUUGAAAUUUACCUGUUAAUCACAUUCCACCACUUGUAAAGUUUUUCUUUAACUAUAUUGUAUUUUAAACACUCACAGUAAGCACUAAUCCUUCCAAACUUUAAGGUCAUUGUUUUCUAUUUCCACAAAUAGAAAAUUUGAAGCUUUGUUGAAUGAGUUCGAAUCUCAUAAUCACUGCCUACGUGCCUAUGCACAGAACCAGCUAGUGAGUUUGUCAAACCUUGUCUAAUUGGGCAAGUUUCAAGGGAUUCUUAUUACUUGCUUUGCAUUGGCUACAAAAGUGCAGAAGUAUCCGUGUGUGAUGUCCAUGUGUCUUUUUUUUGUCCUAGUUUUUCUUUAAAAAUAAUUGGCAGUGACUAUUUGAAUAAAAUGAUUUCUUACUAUGUGUUUGUACAGCAAUGAGUAGAAGAGGAAAGUUUCUUUUUGAAAGAGAGAAUUGAUCAUUUUGUGUUAUAAGAUUUAAGUUAUAACUUAUUGAGCACUUUUAGUAAUGACUUUUUAAACUUGUCUAAUACCUUUCUGGGGUAUUGUUUGUAAUGUGACUUAUUUAAAGCCUUUGUGUUUAAGUUGCUGCUUUAGGUUAACAGUAUGUUUUAGAUGAUUUAAAAUUUUUUCCAGUCUGUACAAUUAGCCAUUCAGAGCAAGAGGACCUGAUUGUACAGGAGGAACCCGUUGAAAAGAAGCCCAGAGGAGAGAAAAGGUAGAGCGGGAAGUUACACCAUCAGUGUGCAGCAUCCAGUGUUGUGAAAAGAUGACUUUCAAUAUGUAACUACAAAGCUGUAGUGCCAUUAGAAACUGUGAAUUUCCAAAUAAAUCUGAACACUUGUCUUUAUUAAUUAUUGGCUUUUCUGU